GCGACGUGUUCGAUCGACUCCCUCGCCGCUUUGCUCCUUAUCGCAUCGCCUCUCGACCCUCUUCUCCAACCAGUCCACCCAGAUAGACGCCAGGCCUCCAGAGCACACCCAAAGAAAUUCGAAGACCAAGAAGGAUGCUCACAUCCGGCCUCACCAACGCCCCGAUCACCAAGCUGCUCCUCAUCUACACCAUCGCCGCCUCCGUCCUCCUCUCCAUCCUCGACCUCAAGCACCUGUCCAGCAUCCAUGUCUCCCCACAUCUGCGCCCUUACGGGCAGUACUGGCGCAUCCUGAUCUGGCAGGUCGCCGGAUUUGCCAACUCCACGGAGGCCCUGUUCGCCGCCAUGAUCGUCUACCAUUGCCGAGUCGUCGAGCGCGCCUGGGGAAAGAGGAAGAUGGCGACCUUCCUCCUCUCCACCCUGCCCUACACCACCAUCCUCCCACCGAUCCUCCUCGCCCUCCUCGUGCGCCCUCUCUCCCUCAACACGAUCGGCUACCUCCCCUCCGGACCGACCGCCUCGCUCUUCGCCCUGUUGGCGCAAUACCACGCCUCGAUCCCGCACACCGUCCGAUACCGCAUCUCCACGUCGACUUCCGCCCCAUCCUCCGCCUCGGACGCGACGUCUCCGGCGGGCAAAUCCCUCACCGUGCUCCUCUCGGACAAGUCCACGACCUACCUGAUCGGGGCGCAGUUGGCGCUGUCGCAGUUCCCGGGGAUGCUGCUGCCGGCGAUGCUGGGGUGGGGCGUGGGGCUGGCGUGGCGCAUGGAGAUCCUGCCGGGGUUGUCGGCGGGCGGCGCCUGGCGGGUGCCGGCGUGGAUGGUGGGCGAGCGAGAGACUCGACGCAUCCCGCGAAGUAAUGGCCGCGGGGGCAGCAGUGGUGAAUACGAGGAUCUGCGACGACGGUUGGAGGGCGAGGCUGUUGCGGCGGCGGCCAGUGGUUCGGCGUCGGCGUCCGGAUCGGGGACGGCGCAGAGACAGCGAGUGCGCAUGGCGGAUGGGGACUGAUCGAGGGAGACAGGAAGAUUAGACUCCUUGGAGUUGUGAUACCUCGGGAUGAUUCUGAUUGGAGAGCGCCCAGCGAGAGAGAGGCAGAUAUGAGGUUUCAAUUAGAUCGAGUUAGACAUGUUUUAUCGGCAUACUGUGCAUAGGGCACUCCUCUCCUACCAAUCUCACGCGAUCUCUCUUGAGAUAAGGGACCUACUAGAUAGGUACCUAGGGUAGCCUACCUAAGGGACUACAUUGGUAUCCUCCAAUCAAACGGAUCACCGUUGGGCUCAGACCGGAAUUCCAGCCCGUCGCCACGAGGGGAUAAGCUCGUUCGGCGGCCAGGAAUGUAGCUACUAGUAACUAGCUAGACUUAUACUUCUUCGAGGAAGUC